AUGAACUUGAGGGAGGCUCAGGUUGUGAUCGCCUGUGUGGCAUCCAGGUUUGGAGCAUCCACUGUGUUCCCAGUCUUACAGCAUCAGCUGGAUAAAUCCGUGGAGUUCUCAACACCGGUGACAUCGUAUAGAAGUUUGCAAGAGGGCGUUUUCCUGCUUCGAAAUGACUUCCCGCUGUACUCUGGUGGAGUGGUCCACCACGCACCACUCCUUGUGGCACUCAUGUCCGCCUUCAGCAGCGAGAAUGUGGUGUCUCUGCUGUACGCUUGUGCCGAUGCCCUUGUAGCGUACCAGUUGAUUGCAAUGGCCAAAAGUUUCAACAGCUCAACUCUCCCACCAUGGGUUCCGGGCGCACUGUAUGUCAUCAAUCCACUGGUUCUGCUGUCGUCGGUCUCCAAAUCCUCGAUUGUAUUCAGCAACCUGGCCAUUUCCACAGCCCUGCUGACGGCCCUCCAGGGUAAUUGGGUCUGUUCCGCUGUUUCAAUCGCCGUCGCUUCUUACCUUUCGCUAUACCCAUUGACUUUGCUCGUACCGCUGCUGGCACUGCUGCAUGAUCACAAACUGAAAACCGUCUCCACCACAACCGUCACCUUGAUCGGACUACUUUUGUCGAGCUACAAGAUUAACGACGGCAGUUGGAACUAUCUUUUCUCUACCUACGGUGUGAUUAUAACGUUCAGCAAAAUCAUACCGAACCUGGGGCUUUGGUGGUAUUUCUUUGUCGAAUUGUUUGAGAUGUUCAUUCCAUUUUUCAAGGCCGUGUUCAACCUAUUUGUGGUUUCCUGCAUCAUACCAUUUUCACUACGGUUCCACAAACAGCCCUUCUACGCCUUUGUGCUGUGCCUUUGCUGGAUCACCUUGACGAAAUCGUAUCCAACUCUGGGCGACGGAGGGUUUUUAUUAAGUUUCAUUCCCUUUUUCAAGCCGUUGUAUGGAUACUUCCGAUACUCUGUGAUAUCUACUUUGCUUUUCAUCCACGUCACUGUGCUCUCGCCUAUUUUUUACCAUUUGUGGGUUGACUUAGGGUCCGGGAACAGUAACUUUUUCUAUGCGAUUUCGCUGGUGUAUGCCUUGGGUUUGGCAACUGUUUUGGUCGACUUGGUGUGGGCGAUGUUGAGAAUUGAAUACGACAAGGGCAAGCCCAAUCUAAAUCUCAAACUAACACCGAUAUAG